AUGCAACAGCAUCGAGUGUACAGGUGUAUCUCGAGUGUCACUAAAGGAAACCAGUACGGUCGCCCCUGGAUCAGCUAUUCAGGGGCGCUCAACUAG